AUGGCAUCGACGACAGCUAGCUUAGAAGAAAAAUUUAAUGCUGCUGUCAAAGCUAUUCAACGAUUACCAAUUGAUGGUACUUUUCAACCAUCAAAUGAAAUGAAAUUAACUUUCUAUGGUCUUUAUAAACAAGCAACAAUAGGUCCAUGUAAAGAAUCACGACCAUCUGUAUUUAAUUAUAUUAAUCGAGCAAAAUGGGAUGCAUGGGAUAAAUGUCGAUCAAUGAGUAAAGAAGCAGCUAUGACAGCUUAUAUUGAUGAAAUACGAAAAAUACUUGAAACAAUGCCACAAACAAAUGAAGUAUUAGAAUUUACUCAAUUAAUUGGACCAUUCUAUGAAUUUGUUGAUGAUCAAACAGAAGAAAAUCAAUCAAAUUUAUUAAUUAAAAAAAAAUCACAUCAUACAAAUAUUAAGAAAAAAAAACAAAAUACAAUUGAAUCUUUUGUUAAUGGAACCGGUGAAAAUAAUCAUGAUGAACAUUCAAUGAAUCAUACUAAUGGUCCUAUUCAAACAAUAGUUUCAUCUGGAAAUGGUCCAAUACCAUCUUCAUCACCAUCUUCAUCUUCAUCAUCAAUAUCUUCUUCAGAUGCUGAAGAAUUUUAUGAUGAUCCACCUGAUCGACUUUCUGUUAAUCCUGGUGUAUCAAAUGAUGAAAUGAUAUCAAAAGAUAAUAUUCAAACAAAUGAACCUUCAUCAAUAUCAAACAUUCCAACUGAACAAUUGUCAAAUAAUACAACAAAAUAUCAUCCACAUGUAUAUGGUGGUCAAGAUGGAUCAAAUGUUCCUGUACAUCGUUCCAAUAGAGGAAGUAAUCAUUCAAAUGAAUUUCGUCAAUCAUCAACACAUUCAUCAUAUCGUCAUCAUGAUCCAUCUGAUGGUGCUCGUUAUUCAUUUUCAUCUGUAGCAUCUGGUGGUGGUGGUAAUGGACGACAUCCAAAUACUAAUUAUAAUAAAGAAACACAACGUGCGAUAUUAGCAGCACUUACAAAACUUCAACGUGAUGUUAAUAAUAUAUUAGAACGUCUUAAUCGAUUAGAAACAUCAUCACAUUUUCUUCAACAGAGAGAAUUAUCUACACAAUUACAUCGUUCAUCUAAAUCAAAUUCUUUAUCACGAUGGUUACCAUUAUCUGGUUUACGUCGUCGAGCUAUUGCCUUUAUUUUACUUUGGCCUUUUUUUGUCUUUGCAUUGAUUCGACUUUUUCUUCGUGCACGAAUAAUAAUACGUUUUCGGCAACCACAUCUUUAA